AUGGGCAAGCUACUCUCUCUCGGCGCGAGACUGCGCUACCCAAUUACCAUUACAAAAAUUCUCAAGAAACCAGGCGAUGCCAUUACAAAACAAGAGAGCGUCUUGGAGUACUCCUUCAAAUGGAUGCGCGAGGUUGGCGAUCCCAUCGCCGGCAAUACCUGGCAAGAGGAGGAGACCACUGUCGUCGGCUGGGAUAGUCCUGCUGAGGGCACCAUCAAGGAAUGGCGUCUGAAGGAAGGCAUGACAUUCACACGCGACGCGCCGUGCAUGGUCGUCGAGGAGGCGUGUUCCCAUGAGAUUCAGUUCCAGGGCCUCUGUGCCAUCUGCGGCAAGGAUAUGACUGAGGUCAACUGGGCCAGCGACCAACGCGAUACCCAACGCGCCACCAUCAACAUGACCCACGACCAGACUGGUCUCAUGGUCAGCGGCGACCUCGCUGCUCGCGCCGAACAUGAUACGCAGAAGCGACUCCUCCGCCAGCGCAAGCUGAGUCUCGUUGUCGAUCUUGAUCAGACCAUCAUCCACGCCUGUAUCGAGCCAACGGUUGGCGAGUGGAUGGAAGACCCGACGAACCCCAAUUACGAGGCCGUCAAAGACGUUAAGAAGUUCCAAUUGAACGAUGAGGGCCCCAGAGGGAUGGUCACAUCUGGCUGCUGGUACUACAUCAAGAUGCGGCCCGGUCUGAAGGAGUUUCUCGAAAAGAUCUCGGAGCUGUACGAGCUCCAUGUCUACACGAUGGGAACACGCGCGUAUGCCAUGAAUAUUGCCCAGAUCGUCGACCCCGAUAGAAAGUUGUUUGGCAACCGCGUCAUCAGCCGUGACGAGAACGGCAGCAUGAUCUCAAAGAGCUUGCAGCGCCUCUUCCCCGUAAAUACCAACAUGGUUGUCAUCAUUGACGACAGAGCCGACGUGUGGCCACGCAACCGCCCCAACCUAAUCAAGGUCGUACCGUACGACUUUUUCAGGGGCAUCGGUGACAUCAACUCGAGUUUCCUUCCCAAACGACAAGACAUUCUCCCCGCACCACCUGAGCCCGAAGCCAAGGCUCCACCAAUCGCCCCCGCGCCCGAAGCGACGACCAACGGCAAAGUGUCUGCUAUUGAUGAGCUAGUCAGCAUGAGCAGCGGCGAAGACAAGGUCUUGCAGGCGGCCCAGACCGAGGAGCAGGAGAAGUCUUUGGAACAACAAAUCAAGGAUCGGCCUCUGCUCCACAUGCAGGAAGCUCUGGACAAGGAGGAUGAGGAGAAGGAGAAGGCCACCCAGGAAAUUGAAGAAGACGGCGCGCCGGUCAUGACAGUCCAGCAUAGGUCACAGGUCCUCCGUGAUGACGACGCCGAGCUUAUAUACCUACAACAACACCUUACGCGUCUACACGAACAGUUCUACAAGGAGUACGACGAGAAGCGUGCUGCCAUGCCCCAGCAGUCGGCGCCCAAGAAGAAGUUGGGCGAGGAGGCUAUUGACCUGUCGGCUGUACCAGAUGUCGGGUUUGUCCUAGACACGAUGAAAGCAUCGACACUGGAGGGCACUACGAUCGUCUUGUCCGGUCUGGUUCCGCUUGGUGUCGAUGUUUUGCAGUCCGAAAUUGGAAUCCAGGCCAUGAGCUUCGGUGCCCAAAUUCAGACUAAAGUAUCGAAGAAGGUGACACAUCUGGUGAUUUCAACAUCGCGGCCGCGGACACAAAAGGUUCGGCAGGCCGCAAGGAUAUCAAGCAUCAAAAUCGUCAGCCAAAACUGGCUUUCGGAUUGCUUGAGCCAAUGGCAACACGUUGACGAAACACCAUAUCUUGUCGAGGUCCACCCUGCAGACCGGCGGCCGCACAACGCCACCUCGGAAACGACAGACGCAGACACGGUAUCAGACCUUGACGGAGACGACCAAUCAAGACCACACCUCACCAUCAUUGACGAGACGGGCGAGCAACGCAUUCUUGAAGAAGACGAGGAUGCCUCGGACGAGGACGACGGCGAUAAUGAUCAAGACGGCGACGAAGAGAACUUGUUGCCCGAGUUCGAAGACGGCCAAAUCAGCCCAAUAGAUGGCCUCAAGACUUUUGAUUGGGAAGGCGUCGACGACGAAAUGAAGGAAUUCCUCGGCAGCGACGACGACAGCUCGGACGCAGACACGGAGAGUCGCAGCGGAGACGUAGAGUCGGGCGACGAGCUGCCGGCCUCUCAAUCAUCGACAAACUCCGCUACCGGCACAAAGCGGAAAGCCGUGGACGACGACACCGCGUCGGACGAAGGCGGGAGCGCGCUUUCCAAGAAGCAGCGGGUAGCAAAGAGCCGCGGAGCAUCAAAAUUGAGUUCCGUCAGGACACCAAACGCCGAUGACAACGAAUCGAGCAGCCUCCCGACACCGCAAGUGACGGGCGACGAGGAGGACGUGUCCCUCGUCCCCGACGGAGGGGUCAAUCUCGACAAUGGGGCUGACUUUGACGAGGAUGAUCUCGAGGCAGACCUGGAAGCCGAGCUACUGGCGGCCGGAGAAGACUAG